UUUACACUAAUUUAUUAUUAAAAUUUGAUAUUAUAAAUGAUCCGAUUAUGCGUCAAAUAUUAAAUAAAUUUAAUUUAUUUAAAUUAGAACUUACUUUUUAUGUAUUUUUAGUAUGAUUCUAAGAUGUCUAACUUUUUUUUUUAGUAAAAAUAAAAUCUGUGUUCUUAAUUUAAAAAUUAUAAAUAAAUGAUUAAAUUUUUUUAAUCAAUAACUAAAGUCAUGAUAUUUUAAGAUAUUGCCCAUUUUUGGAGUUGUUAAGGGUUUUUAAAAUGGACAAAUUGAAUUAUGACAAACAUAUUUUAAAUGAAGACAAACCUAUUUUAAUGGACUCUAAUGUUCUUACUAAAAACUUAAACUAUUAUUUUCAUUAUUCAUCUUUUAAAUGCGAGUUACAAAAAGUAGCAAUUACCAAAAUACUUGAACGGACAAGUGAUGUUUUUAUAUCUAUGCCAACUGGUUCUGGGAAGUCUUUGUGCUAUCAACUUCCUGCUGUGCUUUAUUCUCCUAAAGUUACAAUAGUUUUUUCUCCCUUAAUAGCAUUAAUGAAAGAUCAAAUAGAUCACUUGACUCAGUUAAGAAUUCGUGCUGAAACUAUAAAUUCAAAAUUAUCGCCAUCAGAACGAAAACGUGUCUUAAGUGAUCUUUAUUCUAUGAAUGUUUCUACCAGAUUAUUGUAUGUUACUCCUGAACAAGCUGCUACUGAGUUUUUUAAAAAUCUUCUGAAUUAUUUGGUCAGAAAAAACAAAUUAGCUUUUAUAGCAGUUGAUGAAGCUCAUUGUGUAAGUCAGUGGGGCCAUGAUUUCAGACCUGACUAUUUGAAACUAGGCCAACUGAGGCAGUUAUAUCAAAAAAUUCCUUGGAUAGCAUUGACUGCAACAGCAAAUGCAGAAGUAGUUAAAGAUAUAAUUACAGUGUUAUGUCUUAAAACUCCGGUUUCUAAAUUUACUACACCUUGCUUUAGACAUAAUUUAUAUUAUGAUGUUAUAUUUGAUGAUGCUAUUGGUAAUUCAUAUCAACACUUAAAAGAGUUCAUUGACCAAUGUUUAAUAAAUGAAGGAAAUGUUACACCGUUAAAUCAACCGUGUGGUAUUAUAUACUGUAGAACGAGAGAAUUAACAGAAGAGAUAGCUACAGUAUUAAGUCGAAGAGGAGUUUCUAUAGCCCCUUAUCAUGCUGGUUUAAAGGAUAAAGAAAGACUUGCUGUUCAAGAAGCAUUUAUGAGUGGACAUUUUCAAGUUAUUACAGCAACUAUAAGUUUUGGAAUGGGUGUUGAUAAAGCAACAGUAAGAUUUGUUGUUCAUUGGGGUAUACCAUCAAGUAUUCCUGCUUAUUAUCAAGAAUCUGGCAGAGCAGGACGAGAUGGUAAACAGGCUAGAUGUCGAAUUUAUCAUUCGAAACAAGCAAAAAAUUCAUUAGACUUUAUUUUAAAAUCUUCUAUUUCACAAGCCAAAACUCAAGAUAAGCAAAAAAAAGCCAAAGCAAGUUAUAAUAUGUUUUUAAAAAUGAUACAAUAUUGUGAAACUAUAAAAUGUAGGCAUGAGUUUUUUGCUGAUUAUUUUGGUGAUGAAAAACCAAAAUGUAUUGAUAGAUGUGAUGUUUGUUAUAAUGAAAAAACUGUUAAGUUAGACUUAGAUACUUUUAUGUAUGGAACAAAUAAUCAUUUACACUCAUUAGCUUCAAAUGAACAGCUUAUUAAUGGAGAUUUUUAUGAAGGAGGACGACAAGCUAUUAAAGAAAAUAACCAAAAUUACUUAUCUGAAGGGCAAAAGGAAAGGUACAAAAAAGAUAUUGAAUUGGAAUUGGAAAUAAAGAGACAAUUUGAAAUUAGACGCUCAAAUCAACCAAACAUUGAAAAAAAAAAUGAAGAAGCUGUGAAAAAUGCUAAUGUUAGAGCUGCAUCUUCUACAAACACUAAAGUUAAUGGUCUUCAAUUAUCUGUACGUGAAGAAUUAUUACGAUAUUUAGAAGAACAUUUAAAAAAAAAUGUUGAAGCAUAUUCUUAUUCUAGACCUAGUUCUAAAAAAGUAUCAACCAAAGAUAUUCACAAUAUCGCCAUAAAUUUAGAGUAUGAAGCUUUUACAAGUUCUAAAGUUGUAUCUAUUUAUCGAAGAACUAUUGCUAAAACUAUAUCAGAAAUUAAAAUAAAUACAAAUAAAUCAUCUUUAUUUGAAAAAAUUGAGAAUUAUACUGCUCCAAUAAAUGACAAAAAACAAAUUGAAGCUAAUUCUCCUCGUGAGGUGCAUCUUCCAGCCAUUGUUACCGCUAAAGAAUUGAUACAGAUUCAUGUAGAUAAUAAAGCAAUUGAACCAAAAAUUAAAAGAGGAAUAAAACGAGAUUAUUUAACUCAGCAAUCAAUGAAAUCAUUUGUUUUUCCAACAAAUAAAAUUAAUAGUAAAGACUAUAUUACUAAUGAGAAUAGUAAUGAAUGUGUCAAAAAAAGAUCUAAACUUGAUUCAACUAGUGAUAUGGAAAUUUCUACUGAUGAUGAAGUAAAAGUUAUUGAAACACCUCUCAGUAUAAUAGAAGCAGGAAAUUUAAAUGACUUUAAUAAAAGUGUGUCUAUUAAUAAUAAUGAAAAAAAAAUUACUGAGCUUAGCAGAAGUAGUUUAAGUAAUUUUGUUAAAAAGAAAGAUUUUGAAAUUACUACAGCAUCUAAUUUACUAAAAAACGAUACUAAAUUGCAAAAUAAUAUUAAAGUUAUUUUGAAUCACCAAGUAGAAAAAAAAAAGUUAAACUGUAAUGAUUCAAAAAAAAAUGACGAUAUAAUUUAUGCAAAAAAUUCAUUGAAUGAUCUAAAAAAUCAGAAAAAUAGUUCUAAAUUAAUUUUGUCUCCCAAAUUAUCUAAAAAUACUAAGGCUAAUGAUAAAGAAAAAAAAACUACUAGUGUAAAUGAAAUUUUUGAUCAGCUAUCAGAAAUUCUUAAAUCUCCUAUUGAAAAAAAUAAUAAAAAUACACUGAGGGAAGAAGAAAUUCAAAAUGAUAAUCAAAAGCAAUCCCCUGUUAAUAAAAUAUUAUGUAUUGAGACUGAUACCAUAACUCCGUUUAAAAGUAAUAUGGCAAGUCUUUUUGGAGAAGAUAGUGAUGAUGAUAUUAGAAUGCCAGUAAUAGAUCAAAAAAAGAAAUCAUUAGGAAUUCGCAUUGGUGUACCAUUAGGCAUUACUGAUAAAAAAAAAAAUAAUAAAUUAAAAAUUGCAUCUUCAAAAUCAAUAAAUCCAAAAGAAAAACAAAAAAAAUUUGAAUUAUCAAAUGCUGUUGUUAAAUAUCUAAAUCCAUAUUAUAAAAAUAAUUUAUUUAAAAAUAAGGAACUAUUUAAAUUUACAGCAAGAGAAGUUGUUCAUAAAUUAUUAGAAUCUACUAAUGAUCCAGGAAAACAAGAUAUCCAAUUAGUCAUUAAAAAGUUAUUUCCUAAUGGGGAUAAAUUAUUUGUUGAAUCUGAAGAUCAAGUUUUAAAUUUAAUAAAAAUUGCUUUUUAAAAUUGAACAAUUUAAUUGUUCUGUUGUUGUAUUUACUAUUAAAUAUUAUUUAUUAAAAUGUUUUUUUCUUAAUAAAUUGCUUAUAAAUUGUCA